AUUGCUCUCUCCCCUGCGAUGGCAUCCGGGCUGGUGAGGCUGCUGCAGUGGGGACCUCGCCGCCUCCUGGCACCGGCCGCCCCGACUCUCGCCCCGCCAGUUCGGGGAGCAAAGAAGGGCUUCCGCGCCGCCUACCGCUUCCAGAAGGAGUUGGAGCGGUGGCGCCUCCUCAGGUGCCCUCCGCCGCCCGUGCGCCGUUCAGAGAAGCCCAACUGGGAUUACCAUGCUGAAAUACAAGCAUUUGGCCAUCGGUUACAGGAAACCUUUUCCCUAGAUCUUCUCAAAACUGCAUUUGUUAAUAGCUGCUAUAUUAAAAGUGAGGAGGCCAAACGCCAAAAACUUGGAAUAGACAAAGAAGCUGCUCUUCUGAACCUUAAAGAUAAUCAAGAACUAUCUGAACAAGGGAUAUCUUUUUCACAAACUUGCCUCACACAAUUUUUUGAGGACGCCUUCCCAGACUUGCCCACUGAAGGCGUUACAAGUCUAGUUGACUUUCUCACCAGUGAGGAAGUUGUGUGUCAUGUGGCUAGAAACCUGGCUGUGGAGCAGUUAGCGCUGAGUGCAGAGUUUCCUGUUCCCCCGCCUGUGUUAAGGCAGACUUUCUUUGCAGUGAUUGGAGCCCUGUUACAGAGCAGUGGACCAGAGAGGACUGCACUUUUCAUCAGGGACUUCUUAAUUACGCAAAUGACUGGAAAAGAACUCUUUGAGAUGUGGACGAUAACAAAUCCCAUGGGGUUACUGGUAGAAGAACUGAAGAAAAGGAAGAUUUCAGCUCCCGAAUCUAGACUUACUAGGCAGUCUGGAAGCACCACAGCUCUCCCUGUAUAUUUUGUUGGCUUAUACUGUGAUAGAAAGUUGAUUGCGGAAGGUCCUGGGGAGACAGUGCUGGUUGCGGAAGAAGAAGCUGCCCGAGUGGCCCUUAGGAAACUCUUUGGGUUCACCGAGAAUCGCCGGCCCUGGGACUAUUCCAAGCCCAAAGAGCAUGUCAGAGCAGAAAAGACCAUCACUGCCAGCUAGCCAGCCAAAGAGAUGGCAGCCUGAAAUUAUGAGCAAAAUGGUGAGACAGACGUCAGAGAUGUUCAAAGUUGGACAUUUUUCAAAUUGUAAAGAAAUGUGUCUCAUUCCUCAUACUGAGUUCCUAAAAUUAAGUAUUUAUCAGGUCACUUCUUUUUCUUUUUCAUUUUUUUUUUGUCAAAAGUCUUUUUUUGAUAGUUUUCAAUAAAUUUUAACUAAAGUCCUUGAUUUUAUUAUUGUAUUUAACUUGUACAGUUAGGUGUAUUUUAUUCCCUUCUAGCUUUAGGUAUCAUAACUUGAAUAUAUGUUUUACGUGAACUUUGCUAUAUUACCAAUAAAAAGUUAUUCUUUAAGUA